GGGGUAGUUAGGCACUGAAGAGCAUCACGAUCUAGAAUCGCACAGUGAAGAACCCUCUUUAUUCUUCCUGAAGACACUUUGCACCCCAAGAGAGAACACUAUGGUCAUGCUGAAGAUUUCCUCUUUUCUCGCUGUCUAUGCCUUGGUGGCUUGCCAGAUGGAUAACUACCAGGCAGUCCCACUCAGACCCGGCUUAGAGUCUGUGACGGACCGAGGGACGCUGGGCGAUUACGAAGCUCGGAGGUUAUUAAACGCGCUGGUGAAAGAAUACGUCCAGAUGACGGCGGAAGAGCUGGAGCAGGCGAGCGAAGGGAACAGCUUGAAUAGACCCAUUUCCAAACGCUGUGCCAACCUGAGUACUUGUGUUUUGGGCAAACUAUCUCAAGAAUUGCACAAAUUGCAAACUUACCCUCGCACUGACGUCGGGGCUGGAACUCCUGGCAAGAAAAGGAAUGUUCUGAAUGACCUGGAGAGUGAACGCUAUGCAAACUAUGAGGAAGCCCUCGGAAACAACUAGAUAUGCUGAUGUCCUCUCCUCUUCCUUUUCUUUUCCUUCUUUUAAAAACUUGAUGCAUGUGGAUCUAACCUUGAUUGCUAACUUUGCUAUGUUCCUUUGGGUCUGUUUUGGAGAGAGAAUGCUGGAGCGGAACGUCAAGUUAGGAAGUUAAGGAACAGGACACACAUAUACCAUGUUGGGGCUGGGGGGUGGG